AUGGCGCCACGCAAAGAGAAAAGUGAUAAAGAGAGUAAGGAAAAGGGAGAAGAUGGAGCAACGAUGAUUUUAGAGUACCUUCGCGAUCGACAUCACUGCCAAUUUGCACAACAAGCAUAUACCGUCAAGGCAUUGAAAGAGAUGCACGAGCGGAAGGAAAUCGAAGCACGUGUUGCUGGCAAACAAAUCGUCUACCACGCCCUCCAAGACGGCCCCUCAGACUCCACCCCAGCACAACUUUCCGCACUUGACAGCGAACUAACCAACCUUCGCGCACAAAUCGCCUCAACAAAACAAUACGAGAAAGCCCUCCGUGCGGAACUGGCAGCCCUCAGCGCACGUGUACCUACAGACGAACUACGAGAAAUCGUAUGCAGGCUGGACCGGGAAAAGGAAGAGGUAUUAGGUCGUCUUGCGCCGUUGAGGGAUGGGAGGGUUGCGACGAGAGUGCUUUCAGUGGAAGAGCAAGAGAGAGUAGAUGGGGAGUGGAGGAUGUGGAAGGGCAGGGCUGUGGGGAGGAAGAGGAUUUGUAGGGAGGUGUGGGAGAGGUGUUCGGAGGUGCUGCCAGAAGGGAUUAAGAAAAGCGAGGAAUUGUGGGAGACUCUGGGACUGGAGGGGAGGUUGUAA